AUGGCCCAGACGCCCGCUUUCAACAAACCCAAAGUGGAACUGCACGUCCACCUGGAUGGGUCCAUCAAGCUAAAAACCAUCUUAUACUAUGCCAAGAAGAGAGGCAUCACCCUCCCGGCAGAUACAGUGGAGGGGCUGCGCGACAUCAUUGGCAUGGACAAGCCCAUUUCACUCCCUGGCUUCCUGGCCAAGUUUGAUUACUACAUGCCUGCUAUUGCGGGCUGCAGGGAGGCCAUCAAAAGGAUCGCCUAUGAGUUUGUGGAGAUGAAGGCAAAGGAAGGCGUGGUGUACGUGGAAGUACGCUACAGCCCACACCUGCUGGCCAACUCCAAAGUGGACCCAAUCCCCUGGAACCAGGCUGAAGGGGACCUCACCCCUGAUGAGGUUGUGGAUCUUGUGAACCAGGGCCUGCAGGAGGGAGAACAAGCAUUCGGGGUCAAGGUCCGGUCCAUACUGUGCUGUAUGCGCCACCAACCCAACUGGUCCCUUGAGUAGCUGGAACUGUGUAAGAAGUACCAUCAGAAGACUGUGGUGGCCAUCGACCUGGCUGGUGAUGAAACCAUCCAAGGAAGUAGCCUCUUCCCAGGCCACGUGCAAGCCUAUGAGGGGGCUGUGAAGAGUGGCAUUCACCGCACUGUCCAUGCUGGAGAGGUUGGCUCUGCUGAGAUUGUGCGAGAGGCUGUGGACACUCUCAAGACCGACAGGGUGGGACACGGCUACCACACACUGGAGGACGAGGCCCUCUACAAGAGGCUACUGCAAGAAAACAUGCACUUUGAGGUCUGCCCCUGGUCCAGCUAUCUCACAGGCGCCUGGGAUCCCAAAACGGAGCAUGCAGUUGUUCGCUUCAAGAAAGACCAGGCCAACUAUUCACUCAACACAGACGACCCCCUCAUCUUUAAGUCCACCCUGGACACUGACUACCAGAUGACCAAACGGGACAUGGGCUUCACUGAGGAAGACUUCAAGCGACUGAACAUCAAUGCUGCCAAGUCAAGCUUCCUCCCUGAGGAAGAGAAGAAGGAGCUUCUGGAACGACUGUACCGAGAAUACCAAUGGCCACCAGAGGCUGAAGGGCAGGUCCCCUGAAGAUGGCAAGGCCACUUCUCUGAGCCUCACCCUGUGGAUGGAGCCUUCACAACUCUGUGACACUCUUACCUUCAUUCCUUCCAGACCUUGGAGCGGCCAGGUCUGUCC